AUGUCGACGCGACUGGCCCACCACUUGGUACAUCUCGGUCUGAGACCUGGAGCCAUCGUUCCGCUGUGCUUCGAGAAGUCCAUCUGGACCGGGGUCGCCAUAAUGGGAGUCAUGAAGGCUGGUGCUGCAUCAGUGGCCAUGGACGUUGGCCAGCCCGUACAACGGCUGCGACAGAUUGUCAACAAGGUUGAUCCGCGGCUCGUUCUGUGCUCGGCAAACGCAACAGACCUCGCGGUAGGGCUUAUUGAGACUUCCUCUUCUCGUCAGGCUCUGUCCGUCUCGGCCGAUCUACUGAUAACGCUGAGCUCGAUCCCGCUCGCGUCACCAUCGCAAUUGCCCAGUAUCGAUCCUUCGAGCCCCCUGUACGUCGUGUUUACCUCAGGCAGCACAGGCGUACCAAAGGGGGCUGUCAUCUCGCAUGAGAAUUUCUGCAGCGCCAUUUAUUACCAGCGGGAGGCCAUGCGGUACGGUCCAGGCUCGCGAGUUUUUGACUUCGUCUCUUACUCCUUUGACGUGACAUGGCCCAAUAUCCUGCAGACGCUUACGGCAGGGGGCUGCGUUUGCGUGCCUUCUGAGGACGAACGAAAGAAUGACAUCUCGGCAGCAAUCAGGCGGCUGGGUGCUACCGCCAUUCACGUGCCCCCCUCCGUUGCCAGGCUGAUCGACCCGGCAGAAGCCCCGGCUAUCGAGCUCGUCGUCCUGGGUGGCGAGCCUGUGGCCCUGUCUGACGUGACGCGGUGGGGUACUGGAGUUGAGGUUGUACAGGUGUACGGUCCUGCAGAAUGCACACCACCAGUCAUGGUGUCGUAUAACGUUUCGAGUGGGGACUCUAUGAAGAACAUUGGUCGCGGCUGCGGCGUCGUGCCCUGGAUCGUCGACGUCAGCGACUGCCAGAAGCUCGCCCCUAUAGGCUAUCUUGGAGAGCCAGAAAAGACGGCAGUGGCAUUCCUGCAGGAUCCGGUCUGGCUUGUCCGCGGGUGCCCUGGCCGGCCGGGGAGACCAGGCCGCGUCUACCGAACAGGAGACCUGGCAAAGUAUGACGCAGACGGUUCCAUUAUGUUCAUCGGCCGGAAAGACGCCCAGGUCAAAGUCCAUGGCCAGCGUAUCGAGCUGGGCGAAGUCGAGGUCCACGUGGAGAAGAUCCUUCAAGGCCAGCCCUGCCAGAUAGACGUCAUGGUGGAUGCAGUGACACCAAAGAACAGCACAACUGCCAUGCUCGUCGCCUUUAUGGUAGUCGGCAGCGGAGCUUCCUCCCUUGACGACAGAGGAGGAAGCCAUACGGCGGCUUCGCUCCGCGACAUCAGUAUGCUCCUCAAGCAGGGACUUUUGGAAAUGCUACCAGUGUAUAUGGUGCCGACUGCGUACAUCCCCAUCGAGAAGAUGCCAGUUACGGGGACAGGCAAGAAAGACCGCCGACGACUACGCGAGAUUGGAGCCAGUAUGACGCUUGAAGAGCUCACUUCGUACAAUCCUGACCGGCAAGAGAAACGCCAAACCGAUAGUAUUGGUGCCGACGACAGCUUCAUUCAGAUUGGUGGUGAUUCCAUCGCUGCCAUGAGACUGGUGGCACUGGCCCGGAACCAGUACAGGGCAACUCUCACCGUGAACGAAAUCUUCAAGCAUCCUCGGUUCAGUGUCCUGGCGCAGCUAGUAGAAAGUCGAAUUGCCAGCAGCACAGAGGACAUGGCGGCGAUGAGCGGCAUGAUUCAACCAGGGUCAGAUAUUUUACGAAUCUAA